GGUUUCCUCUAUUUUAGGUUUGUACUAUUGGAGCUCAAAGCUUCUCUUUACUCCUCGACCGCCGGAAACACAGAAAGAAACAGACGGCUGCAAAUCGCAGCUCGUCGCUCGGAGUCAUAAACCAUGGCCGCACCGGAAGGCCCUGUCAACUAUGUCGGUGUGGCCAAGAAGUCCGCCGCUUUCCGCCUCAUGAAGCAAAUGGGGUGGGAAGAAGGACAAGGGCUUGGGAAAGACAAGCAGGGGAUCAAGGGCUAUGUUAGAGUCAAGAACAAGCAGGACACUGCUGGUGUUGGUGUAGAGAAGCCUAAUCAGUGGGCAUUUGACACGACCCAAUUCGACAACAUCCUCAAAAGACUGAAAGUGCAAGCGGCGCAAUCUACUAUUGAUAAAGCUGCUGAGAAGAAGAGGAAGAGCUCUGAAGUUGAAAGCGAUGACGAUGAUGAUGAAUUGCCCAGUGCUGUCAAGGAACCAGUUGUCAAGGCUACUCGACCACAGGGAAGAUAUAAGAGAAGAGAAAGGGGAAAGCUUGUUGAUGCUUAUUCUUCCAAGGAUCUUGAAGGAAUCCUUGUCAAAAGGGCAGCGUCUCCAGAGAUAAAAUAUCAUGAUGAUGCGUUAGACAAGGCUACUGAGAUUCAAGUUAUAUGUCCUGAAGAAACCACAUGUAAAGAGAUUCCUCCAAAUUGGUGGGGCCAUAAAUAUGGGUUUGUCCCUGGGGGUUUGCUUGGGGCAGAAUUGAAAAGAAGGAAGUUAGAAAAGUCUGAAGGGAAUGAGAGAAAAAUGUUUUAUGAGGAUGAUCAAGUAAAUCUGUACAAUCUUGUUCAGGACAAAUCCACAACUGGAAAGCAAUGACUGGGCAUUAAGGACCGUAAAAAGAAAGUAGCGGGUUGCUACUUUGAGGGGAAAAAGACAUCAUUUGAUGAUAGUGAAGAUGAAGGUUCUGCCGAUCCUGGUUCUCCCAUUGAAGACAAACAAAUUGGUUCUUUAGAAAUUGGUAAUAGUGAUGAACCAAAAACGAAGCUGAAAAAACUAUGUAAACAGCUUCUUUGUCAGGCACCUGGAAAUUCAUUGAAACUGAAAGCAUUGAAAGCUUUGAUAGAUGAACAUUCAUCUUCUGUUUUCUCCGACUUUUCUUCAAAAAAAGAUGCUCUUGCUUUCUUAAAAACAAAGCUGGAAGGCAGCACAAAGUUUAUUGUGGAAGGAAAAAAAGUGAGUCUCAGAUCAAAGGCAGCCUGAAGAUAUUGAUAGAAAAUACUGAGGUGAUAUUAAUUUUCAUUUGCCAAUUUUGGAACUUUUGCGGCAUGAUCUGCACAUAAUGAUCUAAACACAUUGCAGCUGAGCCUAGUUUAUAGGUAAAUUAUUCAAGUAUGCCCUUGCUAGUUGUAGUAAUCAAUUGAAAGUAAAAUGAGUGUUUUUUUUACGUGCUAAAUCUGCCCCUAUUGAAAGCAGUAAUUCGGAAGUUGAUAUUUUCUAUAUAUUGUAAUGGUAAAAUAAGAUGGUAGUGUAAUCGAUUCCUUUA